AUGGCAGGUAGCACGAGAAACCGCGACUUCGCAGGUGGCAUUUCACUCAAUAACACAGACAACGACCGCUCGACCUACACAUGGGGCAACAGCAUCUGGAACACGAAGCCGGUAGGGUCUGGCUUUGGCUCGACGCCUCGAGAUGGAUCACGAACCAGAGACAGCAAUGCCCUGCCUGGUGCGAUUGCAGACAUCUCAGAGGGCAAGACAGGCUCCAGCUCUCUCCUCCCGUCCUACGAAUCCGAUUGGAAGCAGAGCCGUCAAGGCAAUGCUUGGGGAAACAAUGCCCACAUCAGGAAUGCCGGCGUGUCACCUGCGAGGAAGCGCUCAGUUGCACAAGAGCAGAACACACCGCAAUUCAGCGACAACUCAUCCUCGCUCUUCUCGGUCUCGCGAAAUGCAUCAGUAACCCAUGGACAAGGGACAAGGGCUCUCAAGCCGCUCCUCGACCCUACUUCGAACAACUUCACGUCGCGCAACGUCGACUCGCUGAGCAAUGGCUUUUCUAGCUUUGGCCUCGGCCAAGCUGAGCUCAGCCCGCAGCGUGCUGAUACCGCCUUCGCCUGGCCAGACGCUGCGGUCCACUCCCCUAUCGAUGAUCGACGAAGUGUAACGGGCUCAGACCACUACGGUGCUACCAGUGGUGCAGCAUCGCGCAGUGGCAGUCUGCCACCCUCGAGACAUGGUGCCGAGGGCAGCAUCAACCCCUACGCUGACUCGUUCGCUCGUUUCUCCCAGCCGGGCGCACGCCAGGGGCAAUCCUUGUCCUAUACUGCUCGUCCCUUUCAGGAGCGCAAUGGCUCCUUUCAGAGUGAGUCGCUGCAACUGCAGGAACAGGAACCCCGUCUCGGAGCACACAGGUCUUCCUUCAGCAUCAACGCUUUCACGCCAGCCUUUACACCGUCAGGUCAGGCACUGAACGAUCCUCGUGACUAUCAGGAUGUACAAAUGCCAGUCCAGCCCGAGGGGCAGGGAUUUCGCAGCAACGGGACGUACACACCUGACAGCUUCACCAAUGGUCAGGUCAACGAUCCCAACGUGCAGUUCCGCCCGAUCACCUAUGACACCCGAAGCGCGCCGAACGGCAACACUGCAAUCAAACAAAGUCCGUUUUAUUCGCACGCUCACACACCCCCUGUACAUGACUACCUCAACCCGACCUACCGCGGCGAACAAGGGCUCAACCAUCCCAACAACAUUGCGCUUGUGCAAAACAAAUUGGCUGGAUAUCAAAUCCAGCAGGAACGACGCAAUGUUGCGCCACAAUACUAUCAGCAGUACCAACAUAUGCUGCCGAUGAAUCAAUUGCGCAACCCUCAGGCCUAUCAGUAUGCCAUGCCCAACGGUAUGCCGAUGACAGCACUGCCACCACAUAUGACAAUGGUUCAGAUGGCGCCUAUGAUGCCGGUUCUCGAAGCACCUAGAGGCCCUCGUAUGCAGCAGACGGCAGACAACAUUGGCGCUAUGAGUCUUGUGCUGGAUUCGUUCAAGAAAGAGAGCAAGCAGAACAAGCGUUGGGAGCUGACCGACAUUUACGAGAAUGUGGUCGAAUUUGCUGGAGAUCAGCACGGAUCCCGCUUUAUCCAGCAAAAGUUGGAGACUGCGAAUAGCGAGGUGAAGGAUCGCAUCUUCCGCGAACUUGAGAAGAAUGCGUUGCAGCUGAUGCAAGACGUCUUUGGAAACUAUGUUAUCCAGAAGUUUUUCGAGCACGGCGACCAAGUCCAGAAGCGCGUCUUGGCUGCGAAGAUGAAGGGUCACGUUUUCGCACUGUCCAACCAGAUGUACGCCUGCCGAGUUGUUCAGAAAGCGCUCGAGCACGUACUUGUGGACCAGCAAGCUGACAUGGUCAAAGAGUUGGAGAAAGACGUUCUCAAGACCGUGAAAGACCAGAAUGGCAACCACGUCAUCCAGAGGGUUGUUGAGCGUGUUCCAAUCGAGUACAUCCAACCCAUCGUGGAUUCCUUCAGAGGACAGAUCGACAAUCUUUCAACCAACUCUUACGGCUGCCGUGUCAUCCAACGACUGGUGGAGAAGAUCCCAGAGCCUCAGCGUAGGUUCAUUCUCAUUGAACUGCACGCCGCCGGCCCCAAGCUCAUCACGGACUCUUAUGGCAACUACGUUGUACAGCACGUCAUUGAGCAUGGUCUGCCUGACGAUCGCGCAAAGAUGAUCGCGCUGAUCAGGAACCAAUUCCUCAUGUUCAGCAAACAUAAAUUUGCUAGCAACGUUGUUGAGCGCUGCUUGGUCUGUGGAUCGGAGGCAGAACGCGGCGAGCUUGUGUCGACUGUCAUCAUGAAGAACGAACGCGGCGAAAAUAACCUGCUGAGCCUUCUCAAGGAUGGUUACGGCAACUACGUGAUCCAGAAGAUGCUCGAAACUCUCACUCGCCCUGACUACGAGAUUUUUGUCGAGGCACUCAAGCCCGAGUUGGAGAAAGCAAAGAAGAUCAUCUCUGGAAAGCAGAUCCAAUCGGUCGAAAGGAAGAUGAACCGAUUCGAUCGCGCCGACUCUCCCACAGAGACUCGUGAGGACGUGCCGUCGACACCCGGCCUUUCAAGCUCAGCGGAGUCAUCACAGAGUAGCACAAUGCCCUCCACCUCCACGUCGAUCAUCGACGGACAUGUACAUUCUGCAACAUUCGCUUCGAAAAUUCUUCCCUCUGUCACCGAUGGCGUAAAGACCGAGGCCUCGACCUCUUGA